UUGUGUUAUUUCGGGAUUUUCGCGGCAUUUGUUUAAUCAUCCGUACCCCGUAUACCAUAAAAUAUUCCAAAUAUUGACGUAAAAAAUAUUGAACGUGUAGCAUACCCGACGUAUUCAUCAAUCUAUUUAAAUGCGUCGAGAUCCAAAUAGAUCAAUAUAUAUUGAACGUGUGUCAGUACCCUAAAAUUGUACAAAAUUAGUCAUUGUAUUUUUGAAUAUCGAGUUGUACCAAAAAAGUACAAUUGUACCAAUUUUGCCAACUCUGGCAUGUAUACAAUAUUAUUUAAUUUGGUUGCGAAAUUUUAAUAAAAAUAUUCCGGAAUAAAUUGGUGUGUCAAUACAAUGAAGUGUUAUUACGAAGAACUUGGUGUGGAACGAGAUGCAAAUGAAAGUCAAAUUAAAACUGCCUACCGAAAAUUGGCAUUAAGAUGGCAUCCGGAUAAAAAUCCAGACUGCAUGGAAGAGGCAAAAGAGCGCUUUCAACUUAUUCAGCAAGCAUAUGAAGUUCUCUCAGAUAGUCAAGAAAGAACAUGGUACGACAAUCAUCGGGAGCAAAUAUUAAGAGGAAAGAAUUCUGAUUACGAGGACAACUGUUUGGAUGUUUUCCAAUAUUUCACGGUUUCAUGCUUCAAGGGCUACGCCGAUGACGCCAAGGGAUUCUAUUCUGUUUACAGAGAAGUAUUUGAAAAAAUAGCUGCAGAGGAUGCUGAAUUUAUGGACGAUGACGAAGAAUUGCAACAUAUACCAACAUUUGGUAAUUCAGCAAGUAGUUAUGAGGAAGUAGUUGGCCCUUUCUAUGCCUAUUGGAGUGCAUAUUGUACUAAACGGACAUAUACAUGGCUGUGUCCUUAUGAUAUAAAAGAGAUAAAAGAUCGAAGAAUAUUAAGGGAAAUUGAAAAGGAUAUGAAAAAGAUUGUUCAGAAGGCCAAAAAAGAACGAAACGAAGAGGUUCGCAAUUUAGUGUCGUUUAUCCGAAAGCGUGACAAACGUGUGCAGGCAUAUAAAAAAUUACUAGAAGAAAGGGCUGCUUUCAACAGACAAAAACAAGAACAAAAUCGAUUGGAGCAAAUCAGACGCCGACAAAAGGAGUUAGAGGAUAUAAAACAGAAUAGCCAAAAAGCAAAUGAAAGUAAUGAUGAUUAUGAAGAACAGUUAAAGCAAUUAGAAAUGCAAUAUAGCAGCGAUGAUGAAUAUUAUGAAGAUGAAGACGAGGACGAAAAUGAAGGAAUGAGCGAAGAAGACCUAGUUGAACAGGAUGAUAUUAAAGAUAUUGAAUAUAUUGAUGAAUUGUAUUGCGUAGCAUGCAAUAAAGAGUUCAAAACAGGGAAGGCAUUUGCAAACCAUGAAACAAGUAAAAAACAUCGGGAUAACAUCGAAAAGUUAAAAAUUGAAAUGCAAGAUGAAGAACAUUCAUACAAAACUGAUGAAAAUUGCCAAGAAUUUGUGGAAAGUGCAAAUGAAAUAUCGAAGGAGGAAAACGAAGAGGAUAUUGAGCAAGAAAUAGGCGCCAAAUAUAAACCAAUGAAAUCAAAAGUUAAAAAAGAUGCUAAAAAAUCAAAGCGGGCAAAUUUGUUAAUAUCUGUUGAAGACAUCCAUUAUGAGGAAAAUAUAGAGGAAGUUGUAGAAAAACUAAAUAUUUGCUCGAGUUAUGACAAAGAAGAUGACGAUUGGAGUACAACAAAUAAAAAAUCAUCAAAGAAAUUGAAAAACAAAAAUAAAACAAAUCAGAAAAAAUCUAAUUUAUUGGAAUCAGAGUUCGUUAAACAAAGCAAUGAUAAUGAAAGCUUUUCUAAAAUGACAUCGAAUUCAAAUAAUGGAUUAGAAUCAGAAACAACCAAACAUGAAUGCGUUACUUGUAAAUCUAAAUUCGAUUCUAAAAACAAACUAUUCUCCCACCUAAAGUUAACAAACCAUGGUGUUUAUAUACCCAAAACGAAAAUAACAAAUGAUGAGAACAUAAAAGCUAGAAAGGGAAAAGGUAAAAAGAAUUAGUUGCUUCUUUUACUAUCUCAUAUAUAAUUUUUCAUAGCUUUAUAGAACUCAUUGCGUAUCAAAACUUUCUAGAAUUUAAAUCUAAAUAUAUAAAAAAAUAAAAUAAUGUACAGAAAUAAUAAUAAUGAAAUCAUGAACAAUUUUGUAAUAAUUACACUAAUUACCGUUAGAAUUAAUAUUAGCACAGUGGCGUUUCUAAUUGUAA